AUGCCUGAAGCAAAUAUCUUCAUGGAUCUGAGUGAGCCCCCUCUAUUCAUAGAUAUGACCGGCGCCACAAUCCCCUACCCAGAAAUCGUCGGCUACGGCAGUUCAUCAGUCGUCCUUCAAUCUAGCGGCAAAGCAGUCAAGACACCCCUCCGUCGUCCAGACUCCAGAGCAAGCGAAGUGGUCGAAAAUUUAGACACGAUACGCCUCGAGCAGAUGGUCUAUAUCCGUCUCCAGCCCUUGGCCAACCAAGCAGCUUGCCCAGAAGUCCUGAAAUGGAUCGAAUUCACCUUCUUCAGCACCGAGCUUGAGCUAAUGCGAGCUGGCACACUACGCAACCUCCUCGACAAAGCCCUAAUCGAACCACCCGCAUACAAAAUGAAAGCCUGGAUGCGCCAGCUAGCCCGCGGCAUGAUGUACAUCCAUUCUCGAAAUGUCUUGGUCGUCGAUGUUAAGUCAUGGAACGUUCUCCUGACAGACGAUUUGAUGGUUCAGUACUGUGACUUCGGGGGGUCGUCAUUGCUUCCGACAAACCUGAAUAUGGAUAAUGUGUGCGACUGCGGCUAUACGGUUAAGAUCGAUGUUGCGUUGCUGGGGGCUAUUUUCUAUGAGAUUGCUACUGGGAAUCGAUGCGAUGUCGACUUGUUCCUGCGGAAUAAGAGACGUUAUAUACAUAGUUUUCCUCGCUGGCCCCACCGGUGGCAUUUACCUCCUACUGUGGGGGUCUUUUUUGGGGGUGUUAUUGAGCGCUGCUGGAUGCCAAUCGAAGAGGGUGGGAUUCAGACUGCUUGGGAAUUGGAUGUUGCUCUUGAAAGGAUUGAGGCUGGGUUGGAUCCGAGCAAUGAGCCUGUCUGGGCUUGA